ACAUAAUUUAGGAAGAAGUGGAGCUAAAGAACCACGACAGAAUGUAGUGGGGAUUGUAUAUGUAUAAACUUAAAUGAUGGAUAGUAUCGUAGUUCAAGCUAAAAGAACGGAGGGAAAUGGAACGUUUCGUAGCGAAAUAUAAAGUAGUAUAUAUAUAGUUCAUUCUUUUUUUGAUAUUUGAAACGAAGAGUAUUACUUUUUUAUCUAAUCAGCGGAAGUUUAUAUUAUCACAUAUAAAUUAUUUCGUAUUAUAUUAAAAAAUAUAAUUAAAUAUACAUAUAUAAUUUGUUGAAAUUAUAGCAAGUCUACUACAAUUAUAUAUAAAUAAUAUAGAAUAAAAAAAAUUACUUUUCUUUCAAUUCAAAUAUUUGAUACAAAAAUGGGUAUCAAUCCAAUGAAAUGGAAAACCAGAAACGUAUUGUAUAUUAGUUUAAUAUUUUUGAUUUUUUAUAUAUUUUUUGUAUAUAAAAAAAAGCAUCAUAUACUGUUUGAAGGAAUAAUAAAAAAUUCAAAUCCUAUACAUAUAUGGGAAUUUGUAGCAGAUUUUAGUAACAUGAAAAAAUUAAAUCCAACAAUAGAAGAUUUUAAUAUUAUCGCGGAAAGUGGUAAUUAUGAUCAUUGGAAAUAUUCAGUUGAAUAUACUGAACAUUUAAGUUAUAUACCAAUUAUUCGAAAUACAGCAUAUGGACAUUACGCUAUACGUGAGGAUAAUAAUGGUUAUUUGAUUACUUCGAAACAUCAAACAUGUUUUUUUUCUAAAUUUGGAUGCUUGGAAUCUAUUUCACAAUUUAGAUUCGACCGAGAUGGAAUUGCAGAUACAAAGUGUAUCGAAACUAUACAAUAUGAAUGUCCAAUUCUAUUUUCACCAUUAUGCUAUAAAGAAAUUAUGUACCAACGAGAAGAAAUUAUGAAAAGAUUAAAAUUAAGAUUUUCAGAGAAUAAAAUUAAUAAUUAAUAUUAAUA